GUCCCGAGGGUGGAGUGCGCCGCUGCUGCUCCAGGAACGUUUAGCCUACUGCCUGCUUGACUUUUUUUUUCCUGCUGCUGCACUCCUCGCACCGCUGAGCCCGAGCCGCACGUCUAUUUGGAAACUGGUUUUCAACCGAAACUUUCUCGGUAAGGGCACCGUGCUGGGAAGAUGAUGGCUCUGGAUCCGCUGCGUUCCGCUACGAGAAUCGGGGGUGCGGACGACACGUCGCUCGCGGUGCCCUCCGACAGCAAGCUGCACGCGGGCCCGCAGCGCGUGCUGGAUCAGGUGCACACCAUCAAGAGGACCAAGUCCAAACCAGGGAAGAACGGCUCACCGUUGUCCUCACCAACAAGCCCGUCUGCCCAGACUUUGAAAACAUUUGAGUUUGGAGCGUUCAAGUUUUCUCCAACCAAAGCAAAUGGCACCUACAGCCGCACCAGCACCAGCGUGUCAACAGGCUACAACAAAGAGAAGACUCGCAGUCAAUCCACUAAAACCGUGGGAGGAAGACAUAUCAGCAACUCAGGCACAUGGGAACAGCAAAUCAACGCUUCCAACUGGUCCCAGGCUCCCAAUGGGUUGAAACCCGCUCGCAGUGACCCUGCUUUGGCUCGUUCAUUUCCUACUUUACCCGUUAUGAGAGUCAAAGGGCAGGAGAGCCAGGGCAGCGCCCAGACUCGAGGAAAUAGACACAGCUCCUACUCUAUGACCAACAGCCAGGCACGCAUGCAGCCGCCCUCUGGCCAGAUUCACGAGGGCAGGAUGGGCACCAUCAAAACAUCCAACAUAGGACAGCAAUCCUCGAUGAACACUGGUACGAACAUGUCAGACAUGACACUGAAUCAGGCUGUAGAGUUCCUGUCUCACCCUGAAGAGAAUUACCAGCAGUGUGGAGCCACCUUCAUCCACCACACCACCUUCAAAGAGGAGGGCACCAAACAGGAGGUUUUCCAACUAGGAGGUAUCCCCACUCUUGUGAGCCUGCUGCGGAGCCCCAACCAUGGGGUGAGCCAGGCCACUGCUGGAGCUCUGAGGAACCUGGUGUUCAAACACCAGGACAACAAGCUGGAGGUUCAGCACUGUGGUGGCAUAGCUAAGGCCCUGCAGCUGCUAAAGGAGACAGAUUCUACUGAGACCCAGAAACAAAUCACUGGCCUGCUGUGGAACCUGUCCUCGGCCGAUGAGCUGAAGGAGGAACUCAUAGCUACAGCUUUGCCUGCCCUGACUGAGAAUGUGGUGGUGCCAUUCACCUGCUGGUCAGACAGCUGUGCCAACAACAACAUACACCCUGAUGUCUUCUACAGCGCCACAGGGUGCCUGCGGAACCUGAGCUGCGCCCAGCAGAAGGAGCGGAAGGCAAUGAGGGAGUGCCGUGGCCUCAUUGACUCCCUCAUGAGUUACGUCCAGUCCUGUGUGGCGGAGGAAACCCCUGAUGACAAGUCUGUGGAGAAUUGUGCAUGCAUCCUCCAUAACUUGACCUACCAACUGGCGGAAGAGUCCCCUGAAUGCUUCAGGAAGUUUCAAUCUCAGACAGAGGGCGAACCUGGGGGUAGGAAAAGCCCCACCAUCGGAUGCUUCAGCCCCAAGAGCAGCAAGGCUCAAAAAGAGUUUCCAUUUGACGCGCUUCGGGGAAUGCCGGAGGACAGCCCCCCAUCAGGUGUGAAGUGGUUGUGCCAUCCCACAGCUAUGCAAACCUACCUGUCUCUGCUGGGCUCGUCCCAGAAAGGUGCCACCCUGGAAGCCUGCUGUGGUGCCCUGCAGAACCUCACUGCCAACAAGGGAAGGGGGUCGAGUGCCAUGAGUCAGAUUCUGGUUCAAAAGCUGGGGGCUCUGAUGCACAUACCCCGUCUUAUCAAGUCUCCUAACCAGAACCUGCAGAAGACUGCCAUGUCCCUGCUGGGUAACAUGUCUCGGACCAGCAGUCUGCAGACCUCAAUGGCAAAGCAGGUCCUGCCUGAGCUCAUCGACCUCAUCUCCUCUGGCCCCCAACAGAUGGGAAACUCGGACGAAACUAUAGUGACAGCUUGCAACACAGUAAGGAGUCUAAUGUUGGCCGACACUGAGGUCAGCAAGAAGGUCAUCAAUAAGGACCUGGUGGCAUCAGUGGCUGACCUCAGCGAGGACAUUUAUUUUCCCAAAGCCAGCAAAGCAGCUUCCCUGCUGCUCUACAGCUUCUGGAACGAGAAGAAUUUUCAAGGCGUUGUGAAAAAGCUGGGGAUGGCAAAAUCAGAUUUUGUCAACUACAACACCACAGCAGUGCACAAGUCAAUGCAAGUUAUUGAGUGAGUGUGCUGGACGAGUGGAACGGCACCGCAGAGUCUGAAAGACGGAAACCAGCGUGUUAAGACACUGCUGUGGCCACACCCUUGCAACCAAAAGAGUAAAAUUACAUUCUUCACAUAAUGAGUUUGUUGAAAGAGCAUGUCAAUUAGGAGUGAAUCAUACAUUGUACAUACUUCAAUGAAAAGAGAGAGCUUUUAAUUUCAUGAGUAAUCCUGCAGCGUUUUAUGUAUUUCAUUUGGAUAUGUCUCUGUCUGUGUAUAUAAAGGGGUGAGUGUGUUUUUGUUAGGUGAAGUGUGCAUGUGCUGCAGUUUUUUGGCCUGAGAGCUGCAAUACACCAGACAAUGUUAUCAGCAGUGAAAGUUAAUGAAGGCAUGCAGUGAUUAUUUAGAUUCAUGAAUGGCAUUGUUGUCAAAUGUGUCUACAGUGGCUAAAAGAUCAAAUAUCUUUUGUGGCCUUGAAGUCUGAGCAGCCAAAAUUAAAGUAAUGAGAAAAAUAUAUGAAAAACUAAAACCAGAUUUUUUUUUUUUGUAUUUUGUUCUAUUAUCUGUUUCAUUCUGUGAUUCAGAGUUUAGUUUUAUAAAAAAAAUUAACAAAACAGCUUUCUACACCAGUGCCAAACUAGUUAAAAGAAUAGUUCUGCAUUUUCUCUCUGAGAGUUGAUGAGAAGAUUGAUACCACUGUUGUGUCUGUACAUUGAAUGCGAAGGUGCAACCAGUGGCCAGUUAGCUUAGCUUAGCACAAAGACUUGAAACGGGGAAACAGCCAGCCUGGCUCUGUCCAAAUGUAACAAAAUCCACCUACCUGCAUCUCUAAAGCUCAAUACAUAACACAUAAUAUCUUCUUUGUUUCAUCCCCUAUCCCUUACGUGUUACAGUUUGUCGUGUUACAGGGUUUAUGGGCCCUGAAAAACCACAGUGUGUCAUCACUGCACAUUUGUUUUUGAGUGGAUUAUACAAACAAGAUAUAAGGUGUUAAGAACUGGAAAUAUGUUAACUGUGGACAGAGCCGGACUAUCUGUUUCACCUGUUUCUAGUCUUCGUGCUAAGCUAAGAACCAGCUGCUGGCGUGAGCUUUAUAUCUAUCAGACAGACAUGCCAGUGGCAUCAAUUCUGUCAUCUCUCAACAAGAAAGUGAAUAAGCAUAUUUCCCAAAACAUCAAACUAUUCCUUCACAGUGCAGUACUAAAAGCCUUGGUCUUUUCUGUUGCUUUGUCAUAAGCUUGCCUAUUGAAAUGUACAAACUGUGUGCUAUGUUUGUUUAGUUUUGUUUGCUUUUUCAUUAUCGUUUGUUUUCUUGCAUAAACUGAGGAAUUGGAGAAAGAGAAGUAUUGGAAUAUUGUACACAACAUGUAACACCAGCUAUGCCCAUUCACUUUGACUAUGUAUAGAAAUAUGGAGUAGUCAUCCCCCUGAAAAACAUUUUAAAAGUCGAAUUAUAAAUGUAUCCACAGUUGACAUAGCCUGUUUAGCUGCUGGCCGCACACUGUUAGUCUUUUAAGUGUUCUUUAAUGUAAUUUCACAGAAGUCACUAUGGAGAUAAUGAAGGGGCUGCACCCUUGAACAUAAGUCUAGUGAAUUAUGAUUUGUGUGCACCACCUCAGGCGAGAUGAGCUGUACAUUCCAAUAUAAAGUAUGUUCAAAUGUUUCAGCUUCAGCUAAAACUUUCAAAUGUGUUUUUGCUACUUUACCUACACAGUUUUAAAGUCGUAUUACAGUGUAUCUGCUCUCAUAACCAAACUACAGUCUUAUUUUUUACUAAAAAACGGUUUUAAAUCUUCCUAAUACUCCAGUGCAUUUUGAAGACAGCAUUACAAAUCACUAAAGCAAGGACAUGAGAUGGUUGGCCUCUGUGGGGAAUCCCCAUGGCUCCAACAAUACACUGCAGCGGACUGUUUUUACGGUUGAGACAUAUACAGUCUUACUGUACACCUAUUCCUGCUGAGGCUCAUUUGCCUCGGAGGAAGGUUGAUGUCAGUAUUGCUUCGAAUGUAUUUUUGGAGAAAUGUUUGUGGCAUAUAAUAAGGAGAUUUCCCUGUCACUCAGUCUGUACAUGGAAUAAAUAACAGAUAUGAAGACAG